GAAGACGUCGCCAGGCGUCCAACUGGCAGUGUGGACAUCCUCUGCAAGAGGUCUGGCUGACGGACGACGACGUUCCCGUCGAGUUGCGUGAAAUGGCGAGGGAUGUAAUUAGGAGGCGACGGGCGAGAGAGGAAGCAAUUCAAGCACGGAGAGGCACCCGCGUAAGUACCCGUUUAGAUGAAGGGCAAAAUAGCGAGGGCGAAGAUGAUGACGAAUUUGAGGACGCCAUUGAUGGAAGGGGUCCGCUUUUGGAAGGUGAGGAUCUCCACUUCGAAUGGUCACCGAUGGAGACUUUUCAGGGUGUCGAAGAAACUUUCAUUCCCGAGCAUACUGGCACUGUUUCAUCAUACACAAGUCCGUAUGAUGCAUUCCGUUCCUACUGGGACGAUGGCAUCUUAGAGACAAUUGUGAAUGAAACGAACCGGUAUGCUAGCCACAUUUCGUCGGCUGCCUUCCAAUCAGAAUGGUAUCCAACGAAUGCUGAUGAGUUGUUGUGCCUCUUUGCGUUCUGGAUGAUGACUGGUAUUAUCCGUAUGCCUACACUUUUUAGCUAUUUUUCAAGUAAUUUUUUAUUAAAAACGGAAGUCUUUUCCAGAAUUACAUCGCUAAAGCGGUACACCCAUCUCAACAGGGCUCUCCAUUUUGUGGAUACCACUCAGGCUGCGAACCCAACCACCAAUGACACUGCAAGCUUCGACCGAAUGUACUGUUUGAAACUUAGCCUUCCUUUCCAAAGAGUUAGACUUUCGUCUAUGCAAACGUCUUUCGACAAGACGUAAUUGGCCUGAAAUUUACUAUUUAAAUGAUCAAUAAUGGGUUUCAGACGGUACAAUCGGUCGGAGGCUGCAAAGUUCGGGAUCAAAACUUUCGAACUCUGCGAGAGCGCGACGGGCUAUCUCUGGUCUUUCCUGGUUUACACGGGAAAGCAGAGCUCUUUUGAUCUUGGACCGGAAAUCGCAAAAAGUACCGCAGUAGUUCUAAAGUUGAUUGAGCCCUUACUUAAUAAAGGGUAUCGCUUGUUUAUGGACAACUGGUUCAAUUCUCCCAUUCUCGCUCGCUUUCUUAAGCGUAAUGGUACUGACUGUGUCGGUACCUUACGUUCUUCUCGCGUAAACGUUCCGAAACUUGUCACACAUGCUCCGCUCCAACAGGGCCAACUAGUAGCGCGGCAUUCAGGGGACGUCUGUGUCUUGUCUUGGUUGGACAAAAAGAGAAUUACGAUGAUAUCGACAUGCCAUGGGUCAGCUACUGGCUUACCCAAUGUAUCAUCCCGUCCACCCUCUCGUCCUGAACCAUUCAAGCCACAGGCGGUCCUUGACUACAACCGAUCAAUGGGCGGCGUAGAUCUUAAAGAUCAAAUGCUUGAGCCGUACCUUUUGGAGCGCAAGCGGUGUGCCAAGUGGUACGUCAAACUUUUCAAGCGUCUGCUUAAUGCUUCUAUCCACAACUCUCGUAUCCUGUUAGAGUCUUCCCUGAAGGCCCGACAGGACAAUCUUCAAUUCCGCCUAGAAUUAGUACAUACUAUUCUUAGUCUUCACCACUCACGCAUUCCAAAAAGCCGGAGAGUCGAAUCAUCUCAUCGUAGAUCGCUUUUCCCUCAAGUUCUACACACACAUUGGCCCGUUCGUCUGCAGCAGUCAGAUACCGAUCAGACACGCAAUCGCCAAGGCCGGAAAAGGUGCGUCGUUUGCCUCCAGGAAGGGCGGAAAAUGCAAAAGACGCCUUUUAAGUGCGAUACUUGUGACGUGCCGCUGUGUGUGGAGAACUGUUUUAAAAUGUAUCAUACUAGCCGCUCUUAUCAUACUUCUUCUUCCAUGUAGUUUUGUAGGCAUGCUUUAGCUUCAUAUUCUUUUACGACCAGUUGUCUAUUGUAAGGGAUGGAUUGUAUGCAGGUAUGAUUGUGAUUUAUGAAUCUGAGUGAACGUGUGUUUGUAUUUGUUCGUGAGUGCUUGAGCACUCGUGAACAUGUCUGCUAGGGUGACCAAACGUUUGUAAAUCAAAAGAAUUAUUGUCAAGCUAUUUUGUCUAGAAUCAUUACGCUAUGAAGGUCUCGAUACCUGUCUAUGUUAUUCCUGAAAACACUAACUAUAUGGUAAUUUUCUACUUACCAGUUAUUCAGGUCAUUUUGAUAAUGAUGAAAGCUAUUUUAUUACUAUGUGUAAAAUACAUUAUCAAAGAGCAUUUCUGAUCACUGAACAAUAAACUAUGUCCAGCAGUGGACGUUUUUCGCCUGAAAUGAUGAACAAUAAACUAAUUUCAUGGUCACCCUAGGCAAUAUAAAUUAGUAACGACAAUAACGAAACAACUGCCGCGUCCGGCCUUACCGUCUCGUCUGCAUUACUCCACGAAGUCAGAGGAAACGGUAGAUAAUUAACAAAAACAAAAUUAUACAAGUACAUUUAAACUUCCAAAUUAUAACAAAGUAUAUGAUAGCAGAAUGUGGGCUUUUGUACUU